AUGGCGGUCCAACCGCCGGACCCACGCACCUUCAACUCCUGGGAAGAUGCCUUCCAAUACCCUCUCCCCGUUGUCCGAAAACUGGAGCAACAACUCCGCAAGAACCUCGAUGAGAACCGCUCGAAACUGCGCUCGCUCGUCGGAGCCAGCUAUCGCGAUUUACUGGGCACGGCGGAACGGAUCGUGGAGAUGGAUGAGCGGAUGCGGGGGGUGGAGGGAGCAUUGAGUGGGAUUGCGAGGGGGUGUAACGUGAGGGUGCUUGAGAGGAAGGGGGAGGGGUUGGCGUUGUUGCGGAGGAAGGGGUUAGAGGGAGAGGUUGGGGAGGGGAGGAGGAGGGUUAUGGCGCAGACGAAGAUAUUACAGAGUACGCUUACGACGGCGGGAAGGAUCAUGAAGGAGAAGGGUGAUGCGUUGGUUGUGGCCAAGUUGUUGGUGCUGGCUCGACUACUGCUUAAGAGUGUUUCGGAGAGCACCGAGAGCCUACCGGACAUUUUGGAGGAACUACGGCGGAGAUUGGCGGUACUGAGGAAGAAGUUGGGAUCCUAUAUUGAUCGCUCGCUUGUUAGACCGAGGACUGAGAAGGCGAGCCUGGUCAAUACGCUUGCCGCUUUCACGAUGAUAUCUAGCGCCGGGCCGAAAGAGGUGCUGCAUCACUUGCUACAGGUGCGGUGCGAGCAGAUGGAACACGUGCGUGAGUCGCCGACCGGGGAUGAUGCUUUGACGAAGAUGCUGGAGCUAUACAAACACACACUCACCGACAUCCGCGCGCUGUUCCCGAGACUGUACGCCGAUUCCCUCGCUCAACUGGGGAAAGUGCCGCUCAUGCAGGAUGAACAAAUCCGGUCGCUGUACCACCUCAAUCUGGACGUCUACGGGAUCUGGGUGGAUGAAGCGGUACGGGCUUUCACGCCGUGGGUGCGGCAUGAACAAUUACUCGUUUCGGACGUGCAAGAUGCGUUGGUGGCGUGGUCGCGGCAGGCGCAUGAGUGCGUGGUCAUGGCUGUUAAGGAGUCUGUGCGGGCUGAAACGGAUGUGAAAGCGGUACUGGGGUUGCGGAAGAAAGUACUGGCUCGGUAUUUGGCGCUUGGGAGUAGUUUUCCGCAGUUCAUUACCGGACGGGCCGUUACGGAGGUUAGUGGUGCUUUUAUGGAACAGCUGUGCGUGUUGGCCAAACAGUGCGCUAGCUCCGGUGAUGAGUCGCUUGAAGCGCCCAUCGGUACAGGCCCGCCAGAGGCUGCGACGGGUACUGAUAUAUGGGGCUUGGCAGUGGAGGACUUCGACCUUAGUAACGGUGCUUCGAGCUUCCGUGAAGCCAUCAUCCAGCGGCGGAAUGGGCGAGACACGAGGUUACGUGCUAUCCGCAAUAGUCUGAGUAAGUGGGAGCAGAAUUUGCUCGCCUUUCAAGCCGAAAUCCAGCAAAUGCGGUCUGUCAAGUGGGAAGACGAAGCAGACAUCGACCUUGACGAUAUUCCGGACGGAGAGAGUAUGAGAGUCGCAAUGUGCAAAGACGAUCCGGAUCUGUUACACUCUACCUUACGAUCUGCCGUCGAGGCAGCUUUGACCCGCGUGACCGAACAUAUCCGCGCACGUUCAGAAUCGUACGGUGAAGCCGCGUUGUUGCUCCGACUUCUACGCGACCUGCACGAGCGCCGACAGAGCCUAGCGACACACAUCGGCCUCAGUUCAGAUGACAAGACAGCGGACGGCGACCACGACGACCUCAUAGCCACCCUCCACAAUAACAUCGUGAAGACAGCUAUGGUCCUCCCCCUCGUACGUCUAAGUCAAGACCUCAAGCGGAAACACCGACCACCUACUGUACUUUGGGAUGCUGGAACGCCGCCACUGCCCGUUCAGCCUUCCCCUGCCACUUUCAGGUUCCUGACGAAGUUGUGCAAGGCUAUGGCCGAUGAGGUUGGGGUGGAUGUGUGGAGUCCGGAUGCUGUGCUGAGCCUGCGGAGGACGGUUGAGAGGGCUGGGUCUGAGCAGGAGAAGAAGGGGGAGGAGGAGGAGGUGGAGGUGGAAGGCAAGGCGGUCAUCAACGGGCACCACGACGAUUCCCAUGCAUCACACGAAGGCGACCACGCUCCUUCGGAUGAGUCUGCGGGAGCCAAAGACGCGAGUGAACGCGAGCGCAACGUGCAACAUCUCUUCGACGCCAUCUACCUCCAAAUCAUCUUCCUGUCGCAGGGCAAAGGAAAAGAUCCACUUUCUGUGCCCAUUGAUGGACUCAGGCAGGAGUUGGAGGUGGAAGAUGCAUCGUUUGAACGCUUGAAGAAGAGUGCGGGCGAGUAUUGGAAGAGGACUUAUCUGCUGUUUGGGCUGUUGGCACGUACGGCCGUAUAA